AUAAAUAAAUCAGAGGUCUGUAAGAAGCUACGUUGCUACGAAGUCUCUUCAUUUUAGCUUUAUCCAUAUCUAUCUAUCUCUGUAUCUGUAUCUAUCUAAAUUUGCACUGUAUCAUACAUGGGAAACAAACUUUCACAGAAUGAACACACUGCAACGUUCUACUACUACUACCUUAGUUUAAUGUAGUAUACAUGGUAUCCUCCUACUUCAGCUAUGGAAUCUGCAAGGACCAUUUUUUGUGCGUCUCCACCUUUUCCUCCAAGAACUCACCAUUGGAACACUCUUCCUUCAUCUUCUUACACUUCUGUUUUGAUGUUUCGCGAACAAGCUGCCCCUACUGUCUCCUCCCGGUCUACUAGUGUUUCAGCCCAAAAAUUUCCCACCUCAGUGCUUUUACAAGAGCAGCGUGAUGAGCAGAGGCCUCUUUUGCACGUUUCUAAGGAAGACAAGACAUGCCAGGCAGUAUUAAAUGCAAGGCAGGUGGAUAUGUCCUUGGUUCAUGAAGAGAAUAACAUUGGCAAAGUUGAUCAGGUAGUAGAUGAUUUUCGGCAGCACUUGCAUCUCUGGCCCCACUUACAGAACUUAUUAACUUCCUCAGAAACCGGAGAAGUUGAUGCUUCUUCAACUCUACAGCAUGUUACUGUUGCAGAGAGGCCAGCUAAUGAUGUGCCGUGUAAUGCAAUUUCUCUUAGUAGGCAAGCUUUGUCUCCCUCAAAACAUGAAGCCUCAGUAGCUGAUGACUUGAAAUCAAUUAGCGCUGAUGACGAUGCUGAUGAUUCAAUUCCUUUUAGUUUCGCUGACCCAUCACGUCGAAGCAAUAAAACUGUAAGGUCAACACGGCUUCUAGAGAGACAAUCAAAACAAAGAAAAGUAUCCAAGUCAAAAGUUAAAGACAAUGAUACUUACCUUGCAAGAAAGGAUGAUCCACAGGAAAGGAUACGUGUGAAAAGGAAAAUAAAUGAAGCAUUUGAUCAAAACGAUCCCCAGCGCUUGUUCUUGCGGAGUCCUGGCAAAAAACUUUUGCCUAUUGAAGAAGAGUCUCAGUUGAUUGUUCAGAUACAGGACUUACUGAAAUUGGAAGAAUUGAAGACCAGUCUUCAAUCUCAAUUUGGGAGAGAACCAACUAUGGCUGAAUGGGCUGAGGGUGCAGGACUUAAAUGUCGAGCGCUGCAAAUGAAGCUUCGUUGUGGCAACAGAAGCAGAGAAAAGCUGAUUAAAGCAAAUUUGCGCAUGGUACUCCAUGUUGCUAAAACUUACCAGGGGCGUGGUCUCAGCCUUCAGGACUUAUUACAGGAGGGAAGUAUGGGUCUUUUGAAGAGUGUUAAAAAGUUUAAGCCCCAAGUGGGUUGCCGAUUUGGUAGUUAUGCAUAUUGGUGGAUAAAGCAAGCAAUAAGGAAGGCCAUAUUUCAUCAUUCGAGGACAAUCCGUUUGCCGGAAAAGGUAUAUACCCAGUUGGGCAAAAUAUUGGAGGCAAAGAAAUUAUACAUUCAAGAGGGCAAUCUUCGCCCAACCAAAGAAGAUUUGGCAAGAAGGGUAGGAAUUUCAGAAGACAAGAUUUCCAGUUUGCUAUAUGUUGCCAGAAUUCCAAUGUCUAUGCAGCAAACUGUAUGGACUGACCAAAAUACAACUUUCCAGGAGAUUACUGCAGACACUUCAAUCGAGUCCCCAGAUAGUAGCGUUUCAAAAGAGCUUAUGAGGCGGCAUGUGCUCAAUCUACUAAGCACGCUACGCCCGAAAGAAAGGAGGAUAAUCCGGCUAAGAUUUGGUUUUGAGGAUGGAGAACAAAAAUCUUUAUCAGAAGUUGGAGAGAUAUUUGGUUUGUCCAAGGAAAGGGUCCGUCAGUUGGAGAACCGCGCGUUCUACAAGCUCAAGAAGUGCCUUGCAAGCCAAGGACUUGAUGCUUAUGCAGACUUGCUUGUAUAGAUCAGUGAAAACAAGGUUAUGCACAUGGCUGAAAAUCUAAGAGCUUUUUCUGCACACUUUUCUAUAGGGAGUGCCUAAAUCAAGCUUUUGAAGGCAAAGUUAACACUAUACCACUGCAAUUGAGUACAAAUCAGAGGGCCUAAUGGCUGGCGGAAAAUGAAUUGAAGUGUUAAAAAGUUGAGGCUUAUACAAAUGAGAACACUUGUAGGUGAGAAUAUUGAUGAUAUUUAUGACACAAAAUAAAUUGUUUUUUUACCUUAAAUCUAUAGUAUUUUUUGUACGUUUAAUAUGAAUUUGUGUUCUCUUUAAUUAUAAAAAUAAAACCCUAUGAUUACUCAAA